CACGUGACUCCCUCCCCACCGUGGGCGCGCGCGCGACGAGUCACGUGGUACCAACGGGGGAGGGCGGGGGACCGGGCCAUCAUGGCGGCCUCCAUGGAGGCCAUGGACGUAGCGGCUCUCACGGCUCGCCUGCGGGACGAGGCCGCUUCGCGCGCUGCGGACGACGCCGCCGCCGUCGCCGCUGCCGCCACCGCCGGCGCGAGGGACCCGGGCGCCGCGGCAGCCGCGUGGAGGCCGCUGCUGGGCACACUCCGGUCCCUGACGGCCGCUUUCGUUCACCCGGCGAACAGGGAAGCGACGGAGCCCGCACUGUUCGACUGCCUUGGUCAGCUGCUGGGGGCCGUGACGGUACCUGUCCGAGCGGGCGGCGCCGGCGCGGGGUCCGACCGGGCGGAGCUCGAGGUGGCCGGCGAGUGCUUCCGCUGCCUCCGCAACGCGUGCGUGCAGUGCCCCGCCAACCAGCGCCGUGUCCGGGAGGCCGGGCUGAUCAACGCUGUGGCGCAGCUGCUGCUUGCGUUUCCACCGCCUCCGUCUGCCCCGGAUGAGCCGUACUUCACCGCGGCGCGCUGCGGCCUGCAGGUGCUCGGCAACGUCGCGGCCGGGAACGCGGACACGCGGGAGGCGGUGUGGGCCGCCACCUACCCCCAGCUCUACCUGAAGUUCCUGCAGUGUGGCGACGCGAAGACGCUGGACUACAGCUGCAUGGCGCUGCACACGUGCGCGGGCCCCGCCCAGGUGGCGCGCCUGGCGUGCGACCCCCCGGGGGUGCUCAUCGCUCGCGUGCUGCUCGCGCUGUGCUCCCGCCCGCACCUGGAGUGGCCGCUGCUGAUGGUGACGGAACGCUUUCUCAAGUCCUCGACCCUUCUGGCACAGCUGUACGAACACCUGGACCUCAAGCUGAGGCUGACGCUGCUGGAGCUGCUCCUCGCGAGUCUGGCCGAGGAGUCCCCGUCGGCUUCGGCGGAGGCGACGACCCCCGCGCCGGCGCCGUUCCUCAUGCGGCUGGCCGACGAGCUGCGCACGACGGGGCCGGCCGUGCUGAGACUGGCGUCGCUCUGCGCCGAGGCCGCCGCUGGCGACGAGGAGGCCCUGCUCGUGGCGAGGACGCUGUCCGUGCUGUGCGAGGCGACCUCCGAACCGCGCGGAGACUCGUGCCUGCGCGACCACCCCACCUUGCUCGCCGCCGCCGUCGACCUGCUCGGGGAGUGCCACCGCGUGGGCCGCGAGGGGCGCAACGCCUUCAGCCUGGCCCAGGGCUACGGCGGCCUCUCUCCAGCGGCGCACCCCGCGCACGGCGUCAAGCGUGACCUCGUGCGGCUCGUCGGCAACCUGUGUUUCGCUCACCGCAGCAACCAGGACCAGGUGCGCGAUCUGGAAGGCAUCCCCCUCAUCCUGGAGAGCACCAACAUCGACGACAACAACCCCUUCAUCGCGCAGUGGGCCGUGCUGGCCGUGAGGAACCUGACCCAGGGCAACGUGGAGAACCAGGAGGCCAUCAGGAGGCUGGAGCGACGGGGCGCCGCCCAGAGCCCCCUCCUGGGAGCGCUCGGGGUCGGGGUGGAGGAGCGCGAAGGCCGUGUGUACGUGAAGGCCACCAGCAAGACCACGCCGCCUUCGUGAAAGCCUUGCACAGGACCCGUGGACCUUCGUGAAGGAGUUAAUAAGACAAGACCACGGGACCUUCAUUAAGGCCUUGAACAAGUCCACAGGACUUUCACGAGGGCCUUACACAGGACCACGGGACCAUCAUGAUGGCCUUAAACAAGAUCACGGUACCAUCAUGUUGAAGGCGUCAUGUGGGCGCAUGAUAGUUUUGCGAAGUUAAUUAGAGGGGCUGGGGGAGAACGGCGCACCCGCAAAAACUAAUAUUUAAUAUAGCUAGGCGUGAGCGACGUGAUUGACUGCUUGAUCGAACUAGAUUAGAAUGGCUAAUUGUGAUUCACAGACUUUGACGUCUGCGUGUUUGGCAAGACCGGAUCGCUGCCGUGUACUGACCCCACCCCCCGCCCCCCCCCACCUGGUUUGCGCGUCGUUCACGGAAUACGAGAUUUUGAAAUCGCGCCUUUUUUGUGUGUUAGUAAACGAGUGGUGCUAGUAGUUAGCGACGUGAGAUUUGGCCGAAGGAGCGUGGAAGCGCUCGAGCGGUUGUAAAUGUGCGAGCCGUUACCGGCGCGCUCCGUGAGCCCCACGCGGUGCGCGUCGGGCGCACGGUGAGCACCGUCGGCGUUGUGCGAUGCGAGUAAGUCCACUCUCCCGCGUGCGUGCGUCCGCCCCCCCCCCGCGUGCGUGUAAAAGUGACGGGUGCUAAGCGUGUCCUGUUGAUGCAAAUUGCGGGACGCGAGGACGUCGCCCGUGGGGACAGAGAAGGGGGGGGGGUCCUGCCGGUCGACCAGCCGUCGGAAACGGGGUCGCCCGCCACCCCCCCUCCCUCACCGCCGCCACCCUCUCCUCCCCGGUUGUCCCGGGCUGGAUUCGCCCAUCUCUUCUCGUCUCCUGUUCCGACCGACCGGCAAAACACGCGAGCCUCGCAGUGAAAACAUCCACUCGUCUCGAUCUCGUUAAACAACAACAACAACAAUGUUGCCUCUGGCACGGGCGCGACCCGGAGCUAUAAUUGUAGCGGGCGGCUGGAGCUGCGGAUGAAGUUGGGGGGGGGGGGGGUGUUUUGCAUUUCUGCGCCGCGUGUUGAGUUUGGUGUCGUGCCCGCACUGUGUAACAUAACAGAGUCGAUGAUGGAAGUCGGCUAAACCAAGAUAAAUAUUUCAAUGCCACGUGCGUGUGCAUGCGCCCUCGUGCUUUUUUUUGCGUUGCGCAAUCGGCGGUAUUGUUUGUUGCGGCCUGGAUGGUUAUUUGUCGGGUUUUAUUUUUUUGGGGGG